AUGGUUUCAACGAUGAAUUUUGGUAUUGUUUCACUGCUGAUUUUGAUCAUUUGUGAGUCAGUGCCUGCACAAAAAUGUCAACCGAUUACGAUUCCACUUUGCAAAGGAAUUGGUUACAAUAUGACAAGAUUCCCGAACAGUUAUGGACAUGAAAAACAGGAAGAGGCUGGACUUGAAGUUCAUCAGUUCUACCCGCUUGUUGAGGUUGGAUGUUACAAUCAUCUGAAGUUCUUCCUGUGUGCCAUGUACACGCCAAUAUGUCAAGAUAAUUACGACAAAAUGGUGAUGCCUUGUAUGGAAGUUACGAAGAAGCGUUGUAGUCCGUUGAUGCAAAAAUACGGUUUCAAAUGGCCUGAAACGUUGAGCUGUGAGCAGUUGCCUCGCAUGAGUGAACAACAAACCACUGGUAACAUCUGCGCUGCACCUCCUGACACACCCGACCCGGCUGUCUUCGAAAACAUUCCGUCGAUCUCACAAGAGGAAGGUUACCCAAUCGAUACGGUAAUUCGCAUCGGCAGUGUUGAUGAGUACUGUAAAUGUCGAUGUGUACGUCCAUUUCAUACCGUAUCAGAUCCGAGCCAAAUGGUCGCCAAUGUUUCCGGAUGUGCGUAUCCUUGUCACAGCUCCACACAUGAUACGCAGGAUCAAAAAUUUCUGACCGCCUGGAUUGCCGUAUGGUCCGGUACAUGUUUCUUUCUCUCAGCGUUUACGGUGCUAACGUUUCUGAUCGAAACCGAGCGAUUUCAAUAUCCGGAACGCCCGAUAUUCUUGCUGGCAUUUUGUCAGAUGAUGGUUUCAAUUGGGUUCAUUAUUCGAGUCUUCUAUGGACACGAAUAUGUAGCAUGUGAUUCAUGGACGAUUCGGUCGAGUGACCAAAGCAUUAACACCAGGCGAUUCACGUUUGCUUUCCAGGUUUUCAUAUUGGUGUAUUUCUUCGGUAUGGCUGGAUCUGUAUGGUGGGUGAUCUUGUCGCUAACGUGGGUGUUGGCUGCUGCAAGUAAGUGGUCGAAUGAAGCGAUCGCAAGUUACGCACACUAUUUUCAUUUCAUCGCGUGGAGUUUACCGGCUGUACAAACUGGGGCGGUUAUUUUAUUCGGUGCGGUGGACGGUGAUCCGAUGAGUGGUAUAUGUUAUGUGGGUAAUACGAACGUGGCAUAUUUGAGGACUUUUGUCUUUGCUCCGCUGGUCGUCUACUUUGUGGCAGGCGUUUGCUUUCUGGGUGUUGGUUUCUUUAAUCUAUGGCGAAUUCGUUCGCUGAUGCAAAAACAUCAUCCGGGUGCUGACAAUACCGCAAAAAUGACUCAGUUGAUGUCAAAAAUUGGCAUCUUCUCGGUUCUUUACAUAGUACCGGCCGUAUUCGUGUUGAUCGUUCUCGUCUACGAGCAGCACUAUCGUCCGCUAUGGGAGCAGGCACAGCUGUGCACGUGUGCAACACCAAUUCAACAACAACCUGAUACGUCAACACUUUUGACACUGAUCAAAACUGCAUCGAUGCUAGUCGUUGGAUGGACCUCAGGCGUUUGGAUAAUUUCUGGAAAAACAAUCCAGAGUUGGAAACGUGCGUUGUGCUGUUUGAAAGAUCAAACAAUGAGCCGUCAUAAGUAUCAACCGGCCGAUAUGAUUUACGCACGAAGUGAAUGCGCUACUCCAUAUCUUUACAACAAGGCCCUUAGGCAUUGUCAAGGAUACAAUGCACCGAUGUUGCCUGAAAAAGUUUAG